GUUUCGUUGGCCUUCGUUGCUGCAAUCUGCCCUGUAUUAUGUAUUAUAAAAAUCCAUCGUUGGGCGUUCGUUGAGCGUUCGUUGGCGUUCGUUGGGCCGGUCUGUACGCAGCUUUAAGAGAAAAGUUUUGAAGGUACAGUACCAUCCACUAUUACUGACACGAGCAUUAAAGUUGGAAACUAUUUUAUUUACGUGGACCUAACCUAGACGAUUUAUUGUUUUGUAUUAAAACCCAUGUAGGUAUAUUAACCACUGAUAUCUACAUAAAAAGUUGAGUUAAAUGUAAACUUACGAGUAACUUACAUACAAAAUUUAGCAUCCUCCAUUAUCAUAUUUUAAUUACAAGUUUUUCAUACAGGUUGCUUUACUGAUAUCGACUUUGGCUUCAACGUUUUGUAAAGGAAGUUCAAAUAUUGAAUAUAAAAAAGAUGAUCCAAUUUGUGUUUGCAUCAAAUCUGCCGCCAACAGUAUUCCUGUAGAUGAGCUUUUAAGACACAAUGAAGAAACAAAGACAGAGAGACUUGUAGUAUUAUUAUACAAAGUUAAAGGCAAACACUACUUAUACUUACCUAAUCCAACAAAACAACGACUUAUCCCUGAAUUACCGUAUGAAGAUAACGAUUUUUUACACGAGAUCACGUCAAUACCCAUAAUUGAAUUAUUUAAUGACAAUCCAUUCGUCAUAAAUAAACAUAAUAAUGAAAUCAUAUCAGUUGAAGAACCAUUUACACCCAAAAAUAUGUUUGAGUUCCUAAAUAAGCUUAUUGAUAAGCUAAAUAGAUUGCCUAACAGUCCUGACAUUCAUGGUAUUAAUGAUUGGCCUGAACAUCCGUUUCCAAAGCCGUUCGAAACAACUGAUACACUUUUUCCAUAUCCAGCUGAAAAUCCUUUUGAUCCACAUAAUUAUCCCGUUAUUGCGAAUCAUGAUUUUGUAAAUCCGAUGCUAUUACCGCCACAAUUCAGACAUACAUUUUCAAUACCAGAAAUUAUGAUGAUGCCUGUAUAUAAUGAUGAACCAAUAAACUUUCCCGUGAAUCCCAGUAAAGUACAUCCAUAUCCACCGGUAUGGCCCUUAGACCAAAAUGAAAACGACGACACAAGCACUGUUAAUCCAAAUAUGCAGCCGGCGAUUGUGGAAAUAGUACAACAACAAUACAAUGAUUUUAAAACACAUCCACUAAUUUGGUCUUUAGUCCAAAAUGCCAAGGAUUACGUUACCAAUGAGGAUCAACUAGUCGAUUACCCAUAUAUUAAUCCUUAUGUACCAUAUCCACUAAUUUGGACUGGAGAAGAAAAUGAAAACGAUGACGCUAUGCUUAUAAAUCUCAAUAUACCACCAACCAAUAAGGAUGAAGUCGAUGACCAUGUUUUUCCCAUUUAUAGACCAAAUUCAAAAUUUGUAAUUAACAACAUACUAUUUGUUGAUCCUAUUAAAACUCCUAAUGGACUGGAUUGGAUUAAAAUUCCUAACAUUGAUUAUUAUGACAAACCUGAAAUUACAUAUUGGUUUCCCUCUUAUGAAAGUAGUCAGCUAUUUAGUCCUGUAGCGCAAAUGCCUGAAUGGAUAGAGAAUGGCCAACCGAUUUUUGGUAAAAACAGUCACGAUUCAAUGAUGGAGGAUUUACCAUGUGAUUUCUUCCGUACCAGUUGUAAGAUCAUUCGUAUAGCUUCAUACUUAAUACAUGAAAAACCUGUUUAUGAAUAUGCAAUUGACUGCAAUAAUCAUACAAAUGAACAAUAUGAAGUUGUCUAUGACAAUGUAUCUAACGCCCCAAAACUAGAAAUGUACCCAAAACCAUUUGGGUGGCAAAAUAUACCACUCAUCUUCAAUGAAUGGAUCGAAAGACAGUGGAAACUCAUAAGAAACACAUCCAGAACACUAACGUGUCACAGUUUUAAAGUAUUAGUUGAAAAGAUUCUGCUAGAUAAUUACAUAAUUCUUGCCGAUGAUGGAUACUUGAUCGAUGCAAGUGGCAGGGUAGUGGGCACAAAUGAGUUAAUUAUGAGCCCAUUUUCGAUAGGCCAGCCAAUAAAUAUAGCCCCAAUUGGAUCGAACUUUAAUAUAUCUGAAAACUUAUCAUUAUUCAAAGGUUACAUAAUAAGUUCAAGAUUUCCACCUAAAAUUUUAGGUUUCAUAUCAAUAAAACCAGAUGAUACAAAGUUGCAUAAUAAUGGACAAAGUAUAAAUCCAAGCAUUAACUCAAAUUCAGUUGUUGAUAUCCAUUCGAAUUCAACGAAUCAAUCCAACGUCGAACUUACAAGUAACAGUUACAGUAUGAGCAAGUUCAAAAUAAAAUGGGGAAAUUUUCUAGAUCAAAUUCAAGCAGAAAUUGAUGAGAGCGGUGGAAAUGAAUUAGUGCCGUCACUUGGGAAUUACAAAGUCAAUUUGAAAGAAGCAUUAUUCCUGCUCAAUCUGAUAGAUUUUAGAAAACCUGAAAUGUUUAAGGUUAUCGGAAAUCUGAACUUGACUAAUUUAAACAUAGAGUCGUUAUCCACAAUUUUGAUUAACAUUAUAAAGGCUGUCAAUACGCAGAGAAUAAAACAUGACCCGUUGACGAAAUAUUUGGAAGAGCACAAAACAGGAACCAUUGAUGAAGAUGAACCUUUUUUUAGAAUCAUCGGCGGAUCAGCCGCCACUGGCAGCGGGAAUCCUGUCAACAAUAAAGGAUUUUAAUAUGAUUAUUGAGUAUGUUAUAGUUUUUUCUAAUGUGUAGUAACUUCUUAAUCUUAAUAAAAGAACACAGUUGUGAAUGCAUUUUUUUAUAACAAUGUAGAACAGAUAUUUUUAUUGUAUUUUUGUAAUUUUGAACUCAUUGUCUGUUUUGUGUGG